AUGGCAUGGCGGAAGCGCUCGCAAGUCACGCGAUGGCUGUGGAGAACGCGCUCACCAAAGCGGCCUCGACUCGCCUUCAGCAUCAAGCCCGUAGCAUUAGCCGAGUACGACAAGUGCAAUGACGACUACACAGCCACGAUGCAGUGCGUCUACGAGGCGUUCCCGGAUGAUGACGAUGUCACGGUGCUGUUCGUUGAAGCUCUAAUCACCAGCACUCCGCGACGACUGUGGGAUAUGAAGACCAGAUUGCCUGCUACCGGAACAGAUACCCUUGGAGCCAUGGCCAUCUGCAAAAACAACGAUGCUGCGGGCAAGGCGCGGCAUCUAGGCAUUCUUCAUGUCAACGCUAAAGGCCCCUUUCAAUGGAAAAAGGCUGCUAUUCAUCGGGGACCCCAAUAA